CAAAGUAUUUAAGAAUGGAAUUGACAACGUUUAAUAAAGCGAUUGAAGGAACUAAAAAAAAGUCGAAUGAUGCUAAGGUACUUGGGUCAAAACGUAAACAUGUCCCUAAAAGAAGUUGGUCUCCAUCUAAUUCGACCUCACCAAAAAAAUCUAAGAAAAUGGAUACUAAGAUGGAGAAGAAAAGUGGAAGAAAUAAAGAUUUACUAAAACCAAAGCCAGCUAAAAAGCUAAUUGACUCUUCGCCAAGCUCUAGUGAUUCGUCUCAUAUUUCGGAAAGUGAUGGUGACGAAAAAACGUCAACCACGCCACCUCAAUGUAUUAUCAGUCCAACAAAAGAUCUCAAAAGGAUCUCAAGCGGCAAAUUGCAAUACUGGAGGCAGAAAAAGCAAAAAAAGAGAAAACCCAACAGGAAUCUCGUAAACUGAGCUUAAACAUAAAUAAUGUUUUAGCAACGAAAAAAUUGAAUGAUUCGAACAAAUCCAAAGCUACCGAUGAUUCUGGAAAAACUGAAGAAAACAAUGAAAAUAAGGUAUCUCCUGAAAUACUACCAGAAUGUGAUGACGCCGAAGAGAAGGCCAAUUCUGUGGAUCUCUUUCCUCCAGAAUUCGA